AUGACUGAGAUCACGUUCGGCAAUUUCAUUGUUCCUGUCAGAGUCUUAGUGGAGCAAGUCAACGAGGCGUUCACUUUGUAUGCCGUGAUUCACAAGAUAAUCCUUGGAUACUCAAUUCUAGGAGUUCUGAAUGCGAUAUUUAUCCAGGAGACAUUCAGGGCCGCUUCAAUGAAUGACGGCCUCAUGGUAAGGCAACAACAGAAGAGGCAAGAACACCACGAAAGAAAGAUGCGCUUACUAUUCAACGAGGCCGACGUUGAUGGAAGUGGGGCGCUUGACAUGGAUGAGUGGAUGACUGUCUGCCAGGAUGACUGGGUGCAGGUAUGGCUCGCGUCCCAAGAUAUAAAAGUCGAAGAUGCAAGGAGUCUGUUUGAACUGAUGGACGAUGGAGAUGGGGUGCUCACAGCGGAUGAACUAGUAAAGGGGACAGCGAUGUUUAAGGGUGCGUCUGCAAUGAUAAAGGUGAUGAUGAUGGUACAUCGCAUCGAAGGACGCGUGAAACUCAUCGGAGAAGAGCUGCUUGCGGAACGCCGCGAGAAGGACAUUCGUGUGUAG